CUGUCCCUUCCUCCAACACAGAAAAAUCUUGGCAAAUUCAAUCUUUGCUGACAACAGCUUCAGGAUCUGUGUACAUGAGCUCUCCAGGGUGGGAGAAAGGUGCUGGUUUCAUCUUGGCAAUGACAGCACUUCAAUGGGACACUUUGGUUCAAAGUUACAGUCUGAACCCAUCAGGAACCUCCCAUCUCUUGCCAUUUCACAUGGAAGAUACUGGCUGCCAAAGAGCUGAGCUGUUCUAACCCUUAUCAUGACUAUGAGAAGCCUCUUUGGGUUUUAAACACUAAAAUGAAAAGUACUCAACCACAGCUAGAAAGAAUCCAUUAUCUCCAUCCCAUGUGUAAUUAGAGCCCUUUGCCCAUUAGUGGGAAGGGCUGCUUUGAAAACAGUGCUGAAGAAAUUGUCAUCCUAUUUAAUUUCCUGGGUAACUCAGGGUCUACCAAUCUUGUUUCAAAUGGGUUCUUAUAGCACAAAGACUCUGCCUUGAAGGAUACCCUCCACAGUUAUUAUGUUACACCAUCAUGGGUCACUGUCCCUCCACAAUAAAAUGUCAUUAGCUUCACUAUGAAAAGAAACACAGUGCAUUUAAGGGUUUCCUUUCAGAGUGAUACCAUCAUUCUCCAUUUGAAUCAAAUGUUAACAUGGACUAAUCUGGGAUGUUAACCAGGCAGGUACAGCUGUUACACUAAGACAGUUCACUGGUUAUACUCUAUAACCAAAGGGUCAAUGUCUCACUCUGUGAUGUGGUUCAUUAGCUGAACAAAUUAACCAUGCCUGGUAUCACUUCUGUUCCUUUCCCUUCCAAGACAAACAACAGGUCUGUUUCAUUUCCUGAGCCCACUGCUGAAGCCUGUCCCAUUGCUUUGUUCUCCAUGAAUAUAAGUAGAGUUUGAACCAAACAAAACAGCUCCCCUCCACACAAGAGCAUUCUUUACAUCCGAUACAAAUUCCUGGGGACAAAUACCCUCCAGAAAGUCAGCCCUUCAACUAACUCAUUGCUUGUAGAAGAAACAAGUGAGGACUUAAGACCUGCUUUAUGAGUUUUCAACACUUAAAAUGGGAAAUGAAACAGCAAUAUAUCUAAAAGAAGCCAGAGUAACCCCUAAAUUCACCCAAGAAAGAGAUUUCAGCCAUUCAGCUAUUUUGCAACCUUGGAGACCAUAAGGGAGGCAAGGUGUUCAAUUUUCUGGAAAAUCAGUAAGAAUCAUGCUUAGGCAAGGAGCUUUGGAAAAAUCAUGGGGACUGCUGAUCCCACCUGGGAACAUGAGGAGGGACUAGACACCAUGUUGCAGAAGCCCUUCAAGGUGAUUAAUUUAUUGUUUGUCACUUAAAGACAUCAAAGCAGAUGAGUUGCAUUCCUUUUCACUGAGAAAUUACCAAACUACCCUUUCACCCUCACAAAAAAUGUUGUCUACUUUAUAUGUAAAACAGAAAUGUUACUGUGGCUUCACUGGUAUCCUGUUCUUAUUUCACUCCUUUCCUUCCCCCACCACCCAAUAGCAUCAUAUUAUUUGCAGUGCUGCUUCCAAGAACACAUCUUUUCAUCUGGUGUUCUUCUAAAUGCUCAUCAGUCCAUAAUGAAACACAAGAUCUUCUGAAGACAAUUAUCAAUUAAUUGGCUAAAAAGGCUGUUCCUCACAUAGGAGGAUCCUAUUUUGUAGCUGCCUAAGGACACAGAAGGUGUCCUUCUGCCCAUGGUUAUUAAGCCAAUUUCAGUGAAGACUGAGCCCCCAGGCUGUCUAUAAGUAAUUCAGCAGUUAGGCAAAGAUCUCCAGUGAUACUGUCUUUUCAGAGUUGAUGAAAAUGGCUUGGGAGAAGCAAGAACCCAUGUUUGCUCCCUCAGAGAGAAAAGUUGUAUGAUGUUUUCAAGUCUUUAGCACCAGAGUGUCCUUACAGAAGCCAUGUCAACUCUGAGCAACUAAUGCAGAUAGAUGGGUUUCAUGAGUUGUGCUGCUCACUGGAAAACAAGAUAGUCUGUAAUGUUAAACUUAACAUAAAGCAAAUGAAAAGCAAUAGCAGAGAUAGUGCUCUUGAAAGUGCAUGUUGAAAGAAGCUGGACACUUCCUCCUCUUCGUCCUGAAAAGAUUACAUCUGGAACAGCCCCUCAGCUGGAUGACAGUACAGGGCAAGGUCUGUCACAGCCUCAGGGAACUGGAACACCCAGGUACAAGCUAAACAUCCUAAUUACUGAUUUAUAGGUACUUCUUAAACUUUCCUGCUCCGCAGCUCAUUUUGGGUUUGUGAAUUUCACCAGAAGAUCUUUUUCAUCUCAAAGAUUUCCCCAUUUCUGAAACAUUGCCAAAGCAGCAUUUAAACACGCUCAACAAUACAUGCUGCCAACUCAUGACACUGACAGCUGCUACCCUGAAGUGCUCAUUGUGUUCUGGCUUCCUUUUAUCAGCGCAGGUUUCUGCCAGUGAAUCAGUCUGUUAGUGGAGACAGACUAGGAACUGAGGCAGAGGACACAAGCAAGGCAGUCAAUACAGAGCCCCAAGAUGUGGUGCCUCCUCACACUGCUCUGCUCUCAAGCAAUUGCCUUUUCAGCAGGAUUCACAACACCCUCCACUCUGAACUCAGAUGAAAGCCAGUUCAGGAAGACUCGUAACCCUGAAUCCCUUAUGAAUGUUAGUGAAAUUAUCAGAUAUCAUGGAUACCCCAGUGAGGAAUAUGAAGUUACUACAGAGGAUGGGUACAUUCUUAGUGUUUUCAGAAUUUCUGCUGGGAGGAACAGCCAAAAUACAGGGCAAAAGCCUGUAGUCUUCCUACAACAUGCUCUUCUAGGAGAUGCUACACACUGGAUUUCUAACCUGCCCAACAACAGCUUGGGCUUCCUCCUCGCAGAUGCUGGCUAUGACGUCUGGAUGGGAAACAGCCGAGGCAAUACUUGGUCUUUAAAACACAAGACCCUUAAUCCCAGCCAGAAAGCGUUCUGGCGGUUCAGCUUCGAUGAAAUGGGUAAAUAUGAUAUUCCAGCAGAGCUGUACUUCAUCAUGAAUAAAACUGGACAGAAGGAUGUAUAUUAUGUUGGGCACUCUGAAGGCGCAACAUCAGGCUUCAUAGCAUUUUCUACGUACCCUGAGCUGGCUAAAAAGGUGAAAAUAUUCUGUGCUCUGGGCCCAGUAGCCUCAUGUUCAUAUGCUACAAGCCCUCUGAUUACGUUAGUAAAUCUUCCUGAACCGCUGAUGUGGUUACUAUUCGGUUGCAAAGGAACCAUGCACCAGAUAGGUUUUUUGAGAGGACCUGUGACACAGCUAUGUGCAAGCCUGGAUAAGUUUUGUGGCCACAUACUCUGUUAUGUAGCAGGAGGCAGCAUAAAAAAUCUGAACACGAGUCGAAUAGAUACAUACGUAGGACAUUCUCCUGCUGGAACAUCAGCACAGGACUUUAUCCACUGGCAUCAGAUAAGAUUUGCAGGCCAAUUGCAAGCUUUUGACUAUGGCUCUAAGGAAAACAUGAAGAAGUACAACCAGUCUUCUCCUCCUGUGUACAAGAUAGAGGAAAUAAGCACACCAAUUGCUGUCUGGACUGCUGGACAGGACAAAUUUGCAGAUCCGAAAGACAUAGCAAAGCUACUCCCUCGGAUUAAAAAUCUCCUUUAUCAUGAGCAUUUUCCUUCUUGGGGUCAUCUUGAUUUCAUCUGGGGCCUUGAAGCAACUGAGAAAAUGUAUCGGAAAAUCAUUGAACUAAUGACAAAAUAUUGAAACCACAUGCACAUGAUUCACUCAGCAGAAAUCUCCAGAAUUUCUGUUUUGCAAUAAUGGUAAUACCUGGGGAAGAGGUAAACACAGAGACACACAUAGUGGACAGCAGUAUUUACCUACACUUGUUUCUUGCAUUCCUCAUAGUUUGAGGGGUUUUUUGGUGUUACUGUGACUGCUGUCUUCCUGAGAAGUUUGAGGUGUAUAGGAAUGAAAACUGAAAACAUGAAUAUACUUGAGUACACGCUGCAGGGAUCACUGAAGUUUGACAAUUUUUAUUUCUACAAGACUGCAAGACUGAUUUUCCUAAAGCUAAACUCUGUUGGUCCCAUGUGUAUCUUACAUACCCCACAGAGCCAUUUCCAUGCCCAAAUUGUAUUUUCCCAUGAAGACCAAAAUGUGGGAUUUGUUCAUUUGUUUGUUGAAGUACAACUGACCUUUGUUUAAAUUAAAUCAUUUAUCUACUUGGCA